AUGUUUGCUUGGAAGAUUUUAUGUUCUUUGGCGGUGAUUAUUGAAUUAGUGUGCAGAGUUUCUGCGUUGGGCACUACCACCAUCAACACCACCACAUUGACAACCUCAUUCGUUUGCCAACAAUGUACCACUCAUUUGAGUGAAAACACUUUGUCCAGUAUUGAAACCAGUAGCAGCAGCAGCAGCAGCAAGAGCUCUAUUCCUACUACCACCAUAGGUUCAACCAUUACUUCAACAUCCUUCGUGUGUCCAAGCUGUGUCACUAGUACUUGCCCCUCACAAAUUUCCAGCAUUUAUUCUAGUAUUAUCAGCUUACACAGCUCGACAAGUACCACUACUCCGAUUACCUCUUCGAGCCUGACUACUUCUUCCCGCGUAUCGACAUCUCUUUCCAGUGUGCCCUUCCCAUCAACAAUUACCGAAACAGAAACAUCAUGCCCAGGGCCUUGCACUUUAACAAGUUCGAGCUCUACAAUGAGCUCUAGUUCCGCAAAAAGUUCCAGUCCUAUUUUGAGUUCCAGUUCUACAACAAGUUUGGGUUCUACAUCAAGUCCGAGUCCAAGUUCUAUAAUAGGUUCGAGCUCUACAACAAGUUCGAGUUCUACAUCAAGUUCUACAACAAGUUCGAGUCCAAGUUCUACAACAAGUUCGAGCUCUACAUCAAGUUCGAGCUCUACAACAAGUUUGGGCUCUACAACAAGUUCGAGCUCUACAACAAGUUCGAGCUCUACAGCAAGUUCGAGCUCUACAACAAGUUCGAGCUCUACAACAAGUCCAAGUUUCACAAGCAGCUCUAGAUCCCUAACCAGUCCCAGCUCCACGAGAAGCUCAGGCUCUCUCACCAGUUCUAGCUCUCCAAAAGUUUCCACGUCGAGUACCAGUUCCACGUCAAGUACCAGUUCCACGUCGAGCGCCAGUUCCACGUCGAGCGCCAGUUCCACGUCGAGCGCCAGUUCCACGUCGAGCGCCAGUUCCACGUCGAGCGCCAGUUCCACGUCGAGCGCCAGUUCCACGUCGAGCGCCAGUUCCACGUCGAGCGCCAGUUCCACGUCGAGCGCCAGUUCCACGUCGAGCGCCAGUUUCACGCCGAGUGCCAGUUUCACGCCGAGUGCCAGUUCCGCGUCAAGUGUUAGUUCCGCGUCAAGUGCCAGCUCCAAGUCGAGUGCCAAUUCCGCGUCGAGUGCUAGUUCCACAUCCGCUAGUCCUUCUCCAAAGCCUUCUUUCAACCAGAGUUCUAGUUCCGCCAUAUUGACAACUCAGCCAUCAAUCACGACGGCAACAACGACGAGGCAGUCCGUGACGACAGAAACGGAGACGAGCUGCAGCUGCACGGAUUCUUCAAGUACCCAUUUGAACUCCUCCACCCCCGCAAUAAGCUCACUGUCGACCUCGUCAAGCACAACCUCGGCUUCAUCAAGUACAGCCUUGGCUUCAUCAAGCACAACCUCGGCUUCAUCAAGCACAACCUCGGCUUCAUCAAGCACAACCUCGGCUUCAUCAAGCACAACCUCGGCUUCAUCAAGCACAACCUCGUCCUUGUCAAGUUCGCUCCCGACCUCGUCAAGCUCACUCUCGACCUCGUCAAGCUCACUCCCGACCUCGUCAAGCUCACUCUCGACCUCGUCAAGCUCACUCCCGACCUCGUCAAGCUCACUCUCGACCUCGUCAAGCUCACUCCCGACCUCGUCAAGCUCACUCUCGACCUCGUCUACAUAUUUCAGCAGCACUAUUUCAGCUAGCUCUGGUUCCAUCUUCAGCUCGACGGGUACUAUCUCAAGUAGUGAGACUGCGGACUUGCUUUCAAGUUCAAGUACGUUUACGGUUUCUUUUUCAACGGCAAGCAUUAUUCCCAAGGUAUCGACCAGCUCUGCUUUUAGCACACUUUCUGGUUCUGCAUCUCGAGAUUCAAUAAGUGAUACAUCAGUAGGUGGCAGCACUGCAGUACCAAGCACAACUGCUUCCACCUCAAGUGCUAACUUCUUUUCUACCUCCUUUAGUUCACAGGUUACGUUUAAGAUAGCACCCUCAAGUUCGGCUACCUCUGCUUCAUUACCCACAAAAUCCACUACGGUGCCCUUCUCCAGUUUAGUGAGCUUCAGCUCUCAAAUCACUAGCUCUAGUGUUUCUGCAAUCAGCCCUACUUUUUCAAGUGCAAUGUCUAGCACUGCGAUAGGUAGCUCCAGCAUCCCCGCAAUCAGCUCUACUUCUUCAAGUGCAAUUUCUAGCACUGCGAUAGGUAGCUCCAGCGUUCCCGCAAUCAGCCCUACUUCUUCAAGUGCAAUUUCUAGCACUGCGAUAGGUAGCUCCAGCGUUCCCGCAAUCAGCCCUACUUUUUCAAGUGCAAUGUCUAGCACUCCUGCGACCGCCUCUGUCUCUUCAAAUGCAAAUCCCAGCAUUGCUGCCGCCAGUAUCUCAAACGCGACACCUAGCGCUCCCCAGAUCAGCUCCAGUUCCUCUGUCUCGGGGUCACCUGCUCCAAGCAACGAAACCUCCGUUUCCAGUUCGUCCUACCCAAUUACUUCCAUCCCAACAGCCCUAUCCUACUACACACCCUCAUCCACAAUAGUGACUACAACCCUCACGAACUCCUCCACAGUUUCUGGCCUAUCGUCCUUCACCACUGCUGCUCCCAAGGCUUUCACAACUUCCUCGGUUGUUCCAACAGUACCAUAUUCUGGCGCAGCCAAUAAUCUUCAAGUUCCCAGCUUCUUCAAACUAAUCUCGAUGCAAUGGUGA